GUGUAUCUGUACACACGUGCGUUCAUGUAUUGGAGGUUUUUCACGUGUGGGAUGUUUGCUUGCUUCUGAUUAUUAAUAACAUAGCACGUCUUUUCAGAGAAUAUGAAGUUUGCUUACAAGUUUUCCAAUUUAUUGGGCGCAUUUUAUCGUCACGGGAACUUAUCUUUCUCAAAAGAUGGCAAUUCUGUCAUCAGUCCUAUCGGCAACCGCAUCUCCGUUUUUGAUUUGAAAAACAACAAAUCGGAAACCUUACCUGUGUCCACCACAAAGAACAUCAGUUGUGUUGGAGUAUCUCCAAAUGGGAAUCUCGCUAUUCUUAUAGAUGAAGAUGGAGCAGCUAUACUGGUCAGCCUGGUCACUCGGGCAGUACUCCACCAUCAUCACUUCCAUAAGCCUGUGAACAGUGUUUGUUUCUCUCCUGAUGGCAGGAAAUUUGUGAUAACAAAAGAAAAUGUGGCUCUGUUGUACCAUGCCCCUGGAAGAAACCAAGAAUUUAAUGUGUUAACAUUAGACAAGAGCUAUUAUGGACCAUUUGAUGAAACAACUUGCAUUGACUGGACAGAUGACUCCAAGUGUUUUGCGGUUGGUAGCAAGGACAUGACCACAUGGAUUUUUGGAGCAGAGAGAUGGGUAAACCUCAUCUACUACUCAUUGGGUGGACACAAGGACAUCAUAGUUGGCUGUUUCUUUGAGAAGGACAGUUUGGAUAUGUACACGGUUAGUCAGGAUGGCACCCUGUGUAUAUGGGAAAGUGACACAGAGCUAGAGGGCUUACGGAAAGGCCCAAAAUUCUCUGAGAGAAAUAAAGUGGAUAAGAAUAAAACAAAAGACACUGAGGACAAUGGAGGGUAUGAUGAUAUUGAAGAUGUUGGAGAAGAGGAUGGAGAAAUGAGAGGAGAGGUUAUUAAAGGAGGCGCAAAUGCACCCAAAGAACUGAAAGGCAUACAAAAUGUCUGCUAUACACAAAUAAGCAAACACUAUUUUAACAAGGAUGGUGAUUUCAGCAAAUUGACAGCUGCAACCUACCACAAGAAAACACACAUCCUGGUGACAGGCUUUGCAUCUGGAGUCUUUCACUUGCAUGAGCUGCCUGAAUUUGACCUCAUUCACUCACUCAGUAUUUCAGAUCAGAGGAUUUCUGCCAUAACUAUGAAUCAUACUGGUGACUGGAUUGGCUUUGGCUGUUCAGGUCUGGGUCAGUUGCUGGUUUGGGAAUGGCAGAGUGAGUCAUAUGUGUUUAAACAGCAAGGACACUUCAAUAACUUGAACUCUUUGGCUUAUUCACCUGAUGGACAGUAUAUUGCCACUGGAGGGGAUGAUGGCAAGGUUAAAGUGUGGAACACUAACAGUGGCCUCUGUUUUGUGACAUUCACCGAACAUUCCAGCAGUGUAACCAGUGUUGCCUUUACGUCCAGCGGCUUUGUGGUGGUUAGCGCAUCACUAGAUGGCACCGUUAGAGCAUUUGAUCUACACAGGUAUCGUAACUUCCGUACUAUGACAUCUCCACAACCUGCUCAGUUCUCCUCACUGGCAGUGGACAGUAGUGGGGAGUUGGUGUGUGCAGGUUCUCAGGACUCUUUUGAGAUUUUCCUUUGGUCUUUGCAGACUGGGCGGCUGCUAGAGGUGCUCAGCGAUCAUGAAGGUCCUGUCAGUAACUUGUGCUUCAGCCCAGUCCAGUCUGUGCUCGCCAGUGUGUCAUGGGACAAAACUGUCCGGCUGUGGGAUAUGUUGGACAGCUGGCAGACCAAAGAGACUUUGUGGCUUACCUCAGAUGGACUCGCUGUAACAUUUCGUCCUGAUGGUCAAGAAUUGGCAGUGGCCUCCCUAAAUGGUGAGAUCACGUUUUGGGACCCUCAGACUGCAGCACAGACUGGCACAAUCACUGGCCGCUCUGAUUUGCAGAUGGGACGUAAAGAGACAGAGAAAAUCACUGCCAAGCAGUCUGCUAAGGGAAAGUCCUUUACCUCCUUGUGUUACUCAGCGGAUGGUGAAUCGAUCCUUGCAGGUGGACAGUCAAAGUUUGUAUGCAUUUAUAAUGUUAAGGAACAGAUUCUGAUGAAGAAGUUUGAGAUUUCCUGCAAUCUCUCUCUGGAUGCUAUGGAGGAGUUCCUGGAUAGGCGCAAGAUGAUAGAUUUUAGGCAUCGCAUUUUAGCAGACGAGGGAGCAGGUGAUGGAGAUGAAGUGAAUCUCAGUCUUCCUGGAGUCAGGAGAGGUGAUAUGAGCUCACGACACUUUAAACCGGAAAUCCAUGUUAGCUCUCUCUGCUUCUCACCAACUGGGCGCAGUUGGGCAGCAGCCUCUACUGAAGGUUUGCUCGUCUAUUCUCUGGAUGCAUCACUUGUGUUUGACCCCUAUGAUCUGGACAUGGAUGUCACUCCAACAUGCAUACAGCAGCAGACGAAGAAGAAAGAGUGGGCAUCGGCCAUCUUGCUGUCCUUUCGCCUGAAUGAAACGUCACUCAUAAGAGAGGUUCUGGAGGCAGUGCCAUAUGACCAAAUUGCAGUGGUAUGUGGCUCACUGCCAGAUGUCUAUGUGGAUAAACUUCUGGACUUUGUGGCAUCAACACUUGAAAAAUCUAACCAUCUGCAGUUUUACCUAACUUGGACUCUGUGUCUGCUCACCCUGCACGGACAGAAACUCAAGAAUAGAUCUCGAACCAUACUGCCUAGUGUACAGCAGCUGCUGAAGAGCAUUCAAAGACACCAUGGUGAUCUCUCUAAACUCUGUGACUGGAAUAUUUACAACAUUUGCUAUGCCACUGCUCUGUCUAAACAAAAUGGCAGAAAUAUACAGGAAUAGACUCCUGAGAAUGAAGAAUAGUACGUGAUGGGUCAGCCUAUAAUGAUGGAGUGCUGAAAUGAAGGUGGUAAACAGAGCCAGCACAUCAUCAAAAGAAAUUGAAAGCACAGUGGAGUGCGAGACAAGAAACUGAUGUAAUUUUUUUUAAAGAAAAUUCUAAAUAUAGAAUGGUAAAUUUCAGUGGUUCAGACUCUUUCAUUUGAUAUUUUAUGUUUAAUCUGCUUGAUGUUUAGGGAAGCAAGUAUGGCUUUAUAUUCUGGAUAUUUGAACAUUUGAAAACGGGUUUGAAAAUGCAGCUUUUUGCUUUUGUAAAAACUGUGAUGUCAUGCACGUAUAUUAUGUGUUUAGUCUAUAGGCUUGCUCGAGCAUUGUUGCCCGAUGUGUGAGGUUCCCACCCAAUUGGACGGUUUUGAAUGUGCGGUUAAAUAUAGGUUUGGGCGGGUGUACAAAAUUUGGUCUGUUUUGGGAAUAGCAAUUUUUCAGACUGUAACGAGGAAGGCUGGACGAGAGCCGUGAGGCAACGAGGCGGGGCCGGUGGCGUGAGUGAUAGUGGGAAUCAGCUGUGCGCACACUGGUCCUGCAUGUCUCACGGAGGAGAUUGGGAGCAUAAGAGGACGAGCGACAGGACUACGGAUGAGAGAGGACGGGCCCGGACAUAUGUUAAGUUUUAUUCUUCUCUUGUUUUUUUCUUUUUUCUUGUUUUUUUAAGAUUCAAAAACUUUAAUCAAAAUAAACAAACAAUAACACUGAAGUAAAAGGGCAGACAGCCACCUCACGGUAGACUGCCGGCCACACAAACAUAAAUGAAACUUAACACAUGUCCGGGCCUGGUCCUCUCUCAUCCGUAGUCCUGUCGCUCGUCCUCUUAUGCUCCCGAUCUCCUCUGUGAGACAUGCGGGACCGGUGUGCGCACAGCUGAUUCCCACUAUCACUCAUGCCACCGGCCCCACCUCAUUGCAUCACAUUGCAUCACGUCUCUCGUCCCGCCUUCCUCGUUACACAGACAUUUUCAAACGUUCAGAUAUUGUAUUCAUGUACUUAAUCCAAUGUUUAGCUGUGUUUGUCAGCAUCCUGUUCAUGUAAAAACCCAUAACCUGUUUCUGCUCUGCAUUUGAAGGUAAAAUAUCUUUCAACAAGCUGGUGUACAACCAAAUUCUGUGACCAUUGAAUUAUUGGGGUUAGGAUUAGGGCAACAGAAAUCACACUGAAUUGAGUAAUAUUUACACAUUUUGAGUAUCCAUGUGCACAUUUAUAGAUCGUUUAUUUGUAUAGCACUUUUUGCAAUUUGCAUUGCAUCAAAGCAGCUGUUCAGGAAAAACAGCAAAGAAAAUCAAAUGCGUACACAUACUGUAACAGUUUACUAAUAUAAUAAUCCUUAACCUACAGUAAAAUUCAGGAACUCAGACUGUGUUUUCAAAAAAGUGAACCGCGUAUUAAAGAGAAAACACUCAUUAUUGAAGUAGUACUAGGUGGGUGUAUUAAAAUGCAAAUGCAGUAAUAAGAAACCCUUGACAUGAUGAAGGUCCAGGAGAUAUAUCAAGAGGAAAGAACCAAAAUCAAACCCAAUGGGCCUCAUUCAUGAAACGAGCAGAACACAUUUUUGUGUAAAUCGUUCAUGAAGUAGUUCUGAUGUAAUUUUUGGAUUCAUACAAAUUUUCUAAAUGUUAGUUGGUACGAAAACAAAUUACACCUUCUCCCUACCACGUGUAAACUGCGCGUCAAACAUUCAAAUGUUCUGGGUUUUUUUUGACAAACUGAAUACACUUUAUUUUGAUGCACUGUGUAUCAUGAUAUUUCACGAGUUCCUUUGCCCUGUCUUUUU